AUGGCCCAAGAGUACAAACUUCCGGGUGUCACCUCACUCGACCUGAAGCCAGGCUACAAGGAGGAGGUUGACGUCGAGGGGCUCGACACCAAGGUCCUGCUUGUCAAUGCAGGCGGAAAGAUCCAGGCUCUUGGCGCAAAGUGCACACAUUACGGUGCUCCUUUGGCCAAGGGCGUCCUGACGACCAAUGGCCGUCUCACAUGCCCGUGGCACGGAGCUUGUUUCAAUGCUAAGACAGGUGACGUUGAGGAUGCCCCGGCGCUGGACGCCCUUCCUGUCUUCAAGGUCACACAGAAGGAUGAUGGAUCAGUCUACAUCACCGGCGAGGAGGCGGCGGUGAAGUCCAGCAGGCGCCAGCCCAAGUUCAGGUGCAAUGCCUCCACUGCCAAUAAGGAGGACAGGGUUCUCGUCGUCGGUGGUGGAUCUGGUGCCUUGGGAACGAUCGAAGGCCUGCGUGGCGGGGGUUUCCAGGGACCCAUCACCCUGAUUUCCAACGAGGGAUACCUGCCCAUUGACCGGACCAAGCUGUCCAAAGCUCUGAUCACGGAUGUAAGCAAGAUCCAGUGGCGUGACAAGGCGUGGUUCGACAGCGGCAGCGUUGAGAUCGUGGAAGACGAGGUGACGGGCAUCAACUUCGCCGAUAAGACUGCGUCGACUAAGAGCGGCGGUAAGUUCGGCUACGGCAAGCUUGUCCUGGCCACGGGCGGCACGGCCAAGCUCUUGCCCCUGCAGGGUUUUAAGGUACUGAACAAUAUAUUCACGCUGCGGAACCUCCACGACACACAGAAGAUCGUGGAUGCUAUCGGAUCCAAGGGGAAGAAGAUUGUUGUGGUCGGCAGCUCCUUCAUCGGUAUGGAGGUGGCCAAUGCCACGGCCGCAGACAACCAAGUGACCAUCAUCGGAAUGGAGAGUGUCCCCCUGGAGCGUGUGCUUGGCAAGAAGAUCGGCGCGGCCCUCCAGAAGGCUCUGGAGGGCAAGGGCGUCAAAUUUUACAUGGAUGCCUCUGUCGAUAAAGCAGAACCGUCCAAGGCCGAUCCCUCUAACGUCGGCGCUGUUGCUCUGAAAGACGGCACAAGUCUGGAGGCAGACCUGGUGAUCCUAGGCGUCGGCGUCGCACCGGCUACGCAAUAUCUCAAGGACAAUAGCAUUGUCAAGCUCGAGGAGGACGGCAGCCUCAAGACGGACGAGAACUUCAGCGUGGUCGGGCUGAAGGAUGUCUACGCCAUUGGCGACAUCGCGUCGUACCCUUAUCAUGGCCCUGGGGGCGAGGGCAAGUACGUCCGCAUCGAGCACUGGAACGUGGCCCAGAACGCGGGUCGUACUGUGGCAGGCCAUAUCGUCGCACCCACCAGGAAAGCCGCCCCGUUCACGCCCGUGUUUUGGAGUGCGCUCACGGCACAACUGCGCUACUGCGGGAACACGGCCGGCGGAUAUGACGACGUGGUGAUCCAGGGUAGCCUGGACGAGGGCAGUUGGGCGGCGUAUUACACCAAGGGGGAGACGGUUGUCGCCAUGGCGAGCAUGGGCAAGGAUCCGGCCAUGACGCAGAGCGCGGAGUUGCUGGCUCUUGGGAAGAUGCCGUCCAAGAGCAAGCUUCAGGACGGACUGGACCCUGUGAGCCUGGGGCCCCCGGAGUAG